ACAACUCAUUCAAAAUUUGAUUUGAAAACACCGAGUAUUCUCUCAAAAACUCGGUGGCCAAAAAAAAAAUAAAAAAAUGGAGAAACAAGCCACGCCACAACGGAAUUCCCAAACUUGUACGGCCGACCUGCUGACGUGGACGUCGGAGGACCCACCGCCUUCAUCCACCCAUCGUGCUCAUCAUCCUUCUCAGGGAGUUAGUAAAGUGUUGUUUGGAGGGGAUAUUACUGAUGAGGAAACUGAAAGCUUUUACAAAAGGAGACCUUGUUCAGGGUAUAAACUGAAGGAGAUUAGUGGUAGCAAUAUAUUUUCUGCUGGUGUUGAAGAUGGUGCAUCAGAAGCUGGACCUGUUAAAUGUAAUACUAACAACAGGACAUCUGUGCGGAUCGUUCAGCAAGGUGCAAAUGGGAAAAGCCAAAUUUCAUUUGGUACUGAAGAAAAGAUCCCCCAGAAGACGCCUACCGCUCUGACAGAAGUGGCAAAGCAGAGCGAGUUGAGUGGAAACCAAGAAACCGAGUCAGAUAGCAAAGUGAAGAAGCAGCUUUCGGAUGCAAAGAGCAAGGAACUUAGUGGAAGUGACAUCUUUGGCCCUCCCAUAGAAGUUCCUCCAAGAUCAAUGGCUGCUGCACAGUCGUUGGUUGCCAAAGAAAACAAAGACAUGGGUGAACCUGCUCCACGAACUGUGCGUACAUCUGUCAAGGUUUCUAAUCCUGCUGGUGGUCGAAGCAAUAUCAUGUUUGCUGAUGAACCUGUUGUGAAUUGUGUUAAAAAAAUACAUGACCAGAAGUUUGCAGAGAUGAUUGGCCAUGGCAUUUUUGAGGGAGAGACUCCUGGAUCUCCAGAAAAGAAAAUACAUGACCAGAAAUUUGCAGAGUUAACUGGCAAUGGCAUUUUCAAGGGAGGGAAUCCUCCUGGAUCUCCAGAAAAGACACUGAGCAGGUCUAAGCUGAGAGAAAUGAAUGGUAGCAAUAUAUUCUCCGAUGGUAAAGCCGCAACCAGAGUUUGCUAUGGUGGUGUACGCAAACCACCAGGUGGAGAGAGCAGCAUCCGUUUAUUUUAAGUAAAUCACAUCAAACUGCUCGUUACUUAUGUUUACUAACAUGUAAAUGCAACACUUUGGUUGCUUCUGACUCUUGAGGUCUGUUGAUACUUGACGUGGUUUAUGAAUGAGGACUGUAAAUUUUGAAGUGUCAAUCAUGUCAUAUGAACAAUAUAAACACCCUAAUUCGAUUCUAAAUACAGGACUAUUAUGCUGCUGGAGUA